AUGGAAAAAACUGGACCAUAUGAAUGUUUACACCAAAAUGAUCCAUUACCAGAUUUAAUUCAACGUACAAAUAAAUAUUUAUUAAAUUUAAGAUUGAAUAAUUGGAUUUCACAGAGACAAUAUGAGCAAUUAGGCAUCAAACCAAAUGAAGUGGAAUUAGCCCAUUUAUAUUAUUUACCAAAAGCACAUAAACCUGGCACUCCACUUCGACCAAUUGUUUCUGGACUCAAACAUCCAACUAUAAAGAUAUCAAAAUUUCUCGACAAAUUGCUUCGACCAUUAUUUGAUAAAAUGGCAUCAAACACAACUGUUACUUCUGGAACUGAGAUUAUUAAACAGUUACAUGAAUGGUCAAAACGUAAUAUGCGUCAAGAAACUUUACUACGUACAAUGGAUGUUAUGGAUCUUUAUACAAUGAUACCACAAACAGAAGGAAUACUAUCGAUUAGAAAAAUGUUAGACUUCUUGAACAUAAAACAAAUUAAUGGUUUAAAAAUCGAAACAAUUAUUCGAUUAAGCCGAUUCGUGGUACAAAAUAAUUAUUUUUCUUAUAAUAGUAAAUAUUAUCAUCAAGUACGUGGUGGUGCUAUGGGUUCUCCGCUAACAUUAACAAUUGCAAACUGUUAUAUGUUCUUUUUUGAACAAGAUAUUGUUAAACAAGUGAAGAAUAGUAAUGGACUCUAUUUACGUUAUAUUGAUGAUAUAUUUAUUGCGAUCAACUGGCCUAUUCAACAUCUAUCAAAACAAAUUGAUCGAUGGAAUAAAUUCGAUCGAAAUAUAAAAUUAAAAGCUGAAGUUGGUCAUUCAAUAAAUUUCCUCGAUGUAUAUAUAGAAAACAAGAAUGGUGAAGUAUUUACAAAAGUUUAUCAUAAACCGUCGUAUGAACCAUACUAUUUACCAUUCAAUAGUAUCCAUCCCAUGCACAUGAAAAAGAAUAUUCCAUUUGAAAUGUUAAUUCGUACUAUUAAAUAUUGUUCAACAUUCGAUGCAUAUUCAUAUGAACGUGAAAAAUUAAGAAUGGCUCUAUUGUUAAAUAAAUAUCCCGGUGAUUUUAUAGAUAAACAAUUCAGCCGUGUAUUUCAAAAAUAUUAUAUUACUCAACCACUAUCUACAAAAAAUUAUAAUAUAUCACGUGAAAAAAUUAUGUGUGCUCGUAGACAAGAGAAAAUUCUAAUUGAUUAUGGUAAAACGAUGUUUGUUCAUUUUACCUAUUGUUUAAACAUGAAAACGUUUCCGGUAAAAUUUCAUACCCUUUGGAACAAAUACUUUAUUGAGUCUCCAAUAAAUGAAAUAAAACCGGUAUUGGAUACUCGUAAUGUUAAAAAUUUACAACAGCAGCUUAUCCAUAACAAAUAG